AUGCCAUUGGUUUGCGUAGAGGGCGUCAGUAACCUAGGUGGAGAAAGGUUGAAGAGCUUUCCUGUGGCCUUUGCAUGGGUAGCCGAUGAGACAGAGAAGAGCUAUGUUUGGUUUGUGAAGUCUCUGAAAGCAAUUGUUUUGGUGGGAGUUGAUAAAGCCCCUAUAUUUGUUACAGAAAAAAGUAAAGCAUUGAUGAAUGUGCUUGAUUCCGAGUUCCCCUUGACCAAGAAGCUUCUGUAUUUCCAAAGUAAAGAGCAGCUGGAAGACAAUAAUGAUGAUUCUACGAAGGUUGUAGAAAAAAGAACUCUGGAAAAGUACUUUGAAGAUGAGUGGAUGCCGUGCAAGGAAAAGUGGACUGACUACCUCACUAGUCAAUUAAAACAUUUUGACUGUGUGACAACACAACGUGUCGAGAGUGGCCAUAAUGCUCUGAAAAGAAAAAUCUUGGCUCUUCAGUCAUUGAACUCUUCAUUUGAGCAAAUUUGCUCCUAUCUUCUCCAGUUCGAGAGCGACUAUCAGAACCUUGAGUUGAAUGAGGCAACUAUCACAGAUGCCAGAAUAUACCAUGAAUCUCGCCUCCGUGGAUUGAUUCACCACGUCUCCAGAAUUGGUUUGAUUACUAUUUGUGCUGAGCUUCUAGAAGAGGUUGUACCUGGUAAGCUUUGCAAUUGCAGAGUAAAAGUGGUGUUUGGUCUUCCUUGUCGCCAUGAUCUGCCAAGAGAUCGUAUGUUGCUAUUAUCAGACAUUCCUGAAAGAUGGAUUCUGUCUUCUUCUUUGGGUGAACGUUUGAAGCAACUGGAAUGUGACGUUUCUCUACAGAAAAUCGACAUUGAAAAACCUGCCCCAUGGGUAAAAUGUAUAACAAAGCUUGAACAAUUGUUUCAUCAGUGUGAAGGGAAUCAAAAAGUCCAGAAUCUUAUGGCAAUGGUUGAUGAACUUGUUGACAAUGCUGGUGAAAUAAUUGACCAUCCAAAUGUUGUAUUUCCUUUGGCAAGUAAGGUUAAAGCUCCUGGAAGACCUAAGCACGUCAAAAGGAAAACUGCUCUCCCAAAGGACUUUGUUCAUCACAAGCACAGACAUCUCCUUAUGCAAAAAAACAAAAAUGAUAUCAGAAGUAUUUUAAAAGAAGGACUUAAAGAAGUGAUGAAGGAGUUCUUAGAGGAGGAGCCUCUCAAAAAAAUCAUAAAAGAAAUAAAAAAAGAAACCCAAUUCGCUGAAAAACAAGAGCCUCUUGAAGAAGCUAAAACAACCAAUUUUGCUAAAAAGCAAGAGCCUCUCAAAGAAGUUGAAAAAUAUUCCUCUGGAAUUAAAAGACCUAAACAUCUCCAAGACGACUACUGGUACAAUUUGCCUAGUCCAAAAAAACAAAACAAAAAUGUGUAUGUCUUUGCUCUGCCUGCUCAAAUCGACCAAGCUGCCAUUUUGUUGAUGUUUAACCCCAAGUCCAAUGGUUGGUGCAGUUUCCGUGUAUUUGCACACCUGAAAGAGGGUGGAGAAGAUCAGUUUCCUUUGGUGAAGAAAAAGAUGUUGGCCACGAUGGCAACCCACGGUAAACUUUACGAGCACAACUUUGGCAUGGAUGUUGCCGAAGUGACAGAGGUCAUUGCCUUUGGCUCUGAGAUUGAUCCUGCUCUUGGGGAAAAUAUCCCAUCUUGCCCUUCCUCUAUGUGGUUCUCUGCACCAGACUGUGCUCAGAUAAUAGCUGACACCUAUAAUGAGCCUGUUUGUGUGUACUCGGAUGAUCAGAGCGUCUUGCCUGUAACUUUUCUUCCCCUCCAUGAUCGGAAGCCUCUCAAAAGAAAGUCAUUGCCAAUAAUCUUGCACCAUGUACAUGGGUGCCACUGGACAACAAUUAAAGUGAAGCCUCAUGUACAUUGGUUCUGGCCUGAGGUAAAUGCGCUGUAUUUUGAUGCUAUCCAUAAAGGGAGUAUCAUUGACUGCUUUUCCACAAGUUGGAAUCAUUGGGGUCAGUUCCCAAAGAAGAAGUCUUAUCUUUUACCCUCUAUUACUACAACUACUACAAUUACUACUACUGCCACUAACUCUCCUACAAAUUCUUCUGUAAAUUCUUCCAAUAUUAUUGACCUCACACAUAUAUAA